AUGCGUGCCAGUUCUACUGCUAUUCAACCAAAUGCAACAUGGUCAACGAAUGGUAUCACUGUUGCUGGAGGAAAUGGACAAGGUACGGGAACCAAUCAACUUCAUAACCCAUAUAGUUUAUACGUCGACGACCAUCUAACGGUUUACGUCGCUGAUCACAAUAAUCACCGUAUUAUGGAAUGGAAAUCUGGUGCAACGAAUGGCACUGUAGUUGCUGGUGUAAAUGGGCCAGGUAAUGCAACUAAUCAAUUAUAUGAACCACGAGAUGUAAUUAUCGACAAAGAGACCGAUAGUCUCAUAAUCUCGGAUACCAUUAAUAACAGAGUAGUUCGUUGGCCUCGUCGAAAUCGUACUCGUGGAGAAACUAUUAUUUCAAAUAUCAAUUGCUUCGGUUUAACAAUGGACGACAAUCGCUUUCUCUAUGUCGUUGACAAUGGAAAACAUGAAGUCAGACGAUAUAAAGUUGGUGAUGUUCAAGAAACACUGGUUGCAGGUGGUAAUGGACAAGGAAAUCGUCUCAAUCAACUCUCGAAUUCUUCCUACAUCUUUGUGGAUCAAGAACAUUCAGUAUAUGUGUCUGAAUGGAAUAAUCAUCGUGUCAUGAAAUGGGAAGAAGGUGGCAAACAAGGUACUAUUGUAGCGGGUGGUCAAGGAGCAGGAAAUAGUCUUAUACAAUUGAAUGGUCCUCGUGGAGUCGUUGUCGAUCAACUGGGUACUGUCUAUGUGGCUGAUUCAUGGAAUCAUCGAAUCAUGCGUUGGCCAAAGGGUGUCACACAAGGAACUGUCAUUAUUGGUGGAAACAGUUCUGGGGCACAGUCGAAUCAACUCAGUGAUCCCGUAGGUUUAUCCUUCGAUCGGCAUGGUAAUCUCUAUGUCGUCGAACACGGAAAUCAUCGAGUACAAAAAUUUAUUAUCGUAUAA